UAGGAAAAAAUGCUCUCGAAAAUGUCAAAAACACCAUUUCGACCAUUAUUCCAAGCCGUAGUUCUUCGUCAUCUUUGCGAUAAAGCAAAGCUGAGCAGCAAACCCUCGAACACCCCACACCCACCAAAGGAUCCGCCAGAUGAGGGCUACCAACCGACCAGUGUGGAUCAUAAUGCCAUGGAUGUGCCCGGAUUCGUGAGUCCCUCCUCAUUUCGCCAGUUCAGUGGACCCGAUGAAAAGUUGGGACCCGGGGCUGGAAAAGCUCUGGCCUACAAGAAUCCCCAUUAUUUCGGUUAUCAUCGGUUCUCGUUUAUGGAACUGCUAAACACGGCUACGGAACUACGCGACGAACGACGUUUGGAUGGAGGUCUUCAGGCAUCCAUAGAAGUCGAUGAAGAAACCAUUAGUGACGAGUCCCAACUGGAGACCAUGAAAAAACUGGAAGGAGAGUGCGAUGAAAUUUUGGCAAAUCAGGCCAAGCAAAUUGAGAAAGAGAAAUCUUCGCCCAAGGAGAAGAAUCUGCAGGAUAUGAGCGAUGAGGAGUUGAAAGAUUGGUGCAAGAAGAAAGAAGAGGACAUCAAAAAGAAGGAGCAGCUGAAGAAAGAUGGCGGAAAGCCCCCAAAAAAGCUCGAGGAUAUGAGUGAAGAAGAGUUGAAUGCCUGGUGCCAGAAGAAAGAAGCUGAUAUUAAAGCAAAAGAAAAGAAGAGACUGGCUGAGGAGAAAGCUAAAUGUGAGGCAGAAGAGAAAAAGAAGAGCAAUGAGGCCAAAAAGAAGUACGAAGAGGACGCAAAAAUGAAGAAAGCAGCGGAAACUAAGAAGAAGAGCGAGGAAGUAGAGAAGAAAAAGAAUGAAGAAGCUAAUAGGAAGUGCGAGGAAGAGAAGCUCAAGAAAGAAGCAGAGGCUAAGAAAAAGUGUGAGGAGGAAGAGAAGAAGAAAAAGUGUGAGGAAGCGGAAAUGAAGAAAAAGUGUGAGGAGGAAAAGAAGAAAAAGUGCGAGGAAGCGGUUAUGAAGAAAAAGUGUGAGGAGGAAGAAAAGAAGAAAAAAUGUGAGGAGGAAGCAAAGAAAAAACCAUCUGAAAAGGAGCAGAAAAAGGACGAAAAAUGCGCAGCAGGAGAGAUGAAAGCUAAAACCGAUGAAGAGAAUUCGAUCCUUCGUACAUUUUCAGACUUUAAGAAAAAGUGCAUGGAUGCUUUGGAAAAAAAGGAAUGUGAAGAGAAACAAAAGAAAGAAGCAGAAGAGAAGGCAAAAUGUGAUGCUGAUAAGAACAAAAAUGAUGACAAAUAA